CGACUUGUUCUCUUCAUCCAGCAAAAAACAGCCGAGAUGGUUCGCUACGCCUCCGCCCACCUCGUCAACUCGAACCCCGAGAAGUUCGCCAAGGCGCGCGGCGAGUAUGUCCGCACCCACUUCAAGAACACUCGUGAGGUCGCCGCCGCCAUCUCGGGCAUGAAGCUCUCCAAGGCCUACGCGUACCUCGCCGACGUCCAGGAGAAGAAGCAGGUCAUCCCCUUCAGGCGGUUCGACGGCUCGAUCGGCCGCACCGGCCAGGCCAAGCAGUUCAAGACCACCAAGGGUCGCUGGCCCGUCAAGUCGGUCCAGUUCGUCCUCCGCCUUCUCAAGAACGCCGAGUCGAACGCCGAGGCCAAGGACCUCGCCUCGGACGAGCUCAUCAUCAAGAACGUCGUCGUCCAGCAGGCCCCCAAGACCCGCCGCCGUACUUACCGUGCCCACGGUCGCAUCAACCCCUACCAGGGCCACCCCUGCCACAUUGAGAUCAUCCUCUCGACCCCCUCGUCCGAGGUCGCCCGCGCCAAGGACCUUGACGUUGCCGCCAAGACUGGCCAGACUGUUGCCGCCAUCGAGGCAUAAACGCGCUGCUAGCAUUGGGUUGGCACCUUAGGGUGUCGUGUAUGAUGGAUCACAUGCUCUGAGAGGUGGGGCGGGGAAGGCAGGGAUACGGUUCUCGCGGCGCUGCUAUGCUGCUGCUGGCGCUGUUGCUGCCACUCGCGUCGCUGGUGUAUCUGCAUGUCAUGUUGCUUGUGUGGUGGUGUGGUGGUGGUGGUUUAGGCCUGCAGAUGUAGAGUACGAGCGGGGGCAAUUUUCGGG